AUGGUUCAAGGACAAAAAAAGCCAAAGUCUGUGCUAGCAAGCAAGUCGACAAAGAAAUCAAACGAACAUCAUAGAGGCAAGAGAGUUGCUCCAAAAUCAGCUGGUAUUAUCAAGCAAAAGUCCAUCCAAAAGAAACUGGCUUCAGCAAAUAUCAAAAACACCGAGUCUCUCAUGGCCGUUCGAGCUGGUGCAACAGGCAAACUGACCAUAUUGAAAGAUGUUGCAGAAAAAGGCCAAGAAAAAAUCAAGAACAAAAAGGCUCAUGACAAAAGUAAUACCGAUGGUACUCGAAGAGCUUAGGCCAUCAGCUCAAAAUAGCACAUUUUAAAUAUAUUGCAGUCGUAUUCAUGUAAAAUGCAACACUUGUAUUAUCUUGCAUUGACGGCCUCUAUUUUGCUUCAAAAUAAAGUGGUUCAUAUUCGUUGCGCUUUCCUA